GAUCAAUCUACGCCGCCACGCCGAGUUCUCCGCUAGGAAAACACAUAAGGAUCAUUCAAAAUGGGCCGUCUUCACAGCAAGGGCAAGGGUAUCUCCUCCUCUGCCAUCCCAUACUCCCGCAACCCACCCGCCUGGCUCAAGACCACCCCCGAGCAGGUUGUUGACCAGAUCUGCAAGUUGGCCAAGAAGGGUGCCACCCCUUCCCAGAUUGGUGUUGUCCUCCGUGACAGCCAUGGAAUUGCUCAAGUCAAGGUUGUGACUGGUAACAAGAUCCUCCGCAUCUUGAAAUCGAACGGCCUCGCUCCUGAAAUCCCAGAGGACCUUUACAUGUUGAUCAAGAAGGCCGUGUCUGUCCGCAAGCACCUUGAGCGUAACCGCAAGGACAAGGACAGCAAGUUCCGCCUCAUUCUCAUCGAGUCCCGUAUCCACCGUCUCUCCCGCUACUACAAGACCGUCGGUGUCCUCCCACCAACCUGGAGAUACGAGAGUGCUACCGCCUCUACCCUUGUUGCAUAAGCGGCGAUCCUGACACAACCGGGCGUGGAAAAGUUGAACUCGAAGAAUUUGGUGUUGUGCAGUGGAGGACAUGCGUAUGCUACUAGUUUUACUGGGGAAAAGGAUUCAUAGGCAUUAUGGGAUUAAUGUGAAUAUCGUCCCCAAGCGUCGAAGGGUUACUUCUUCGAAACUUGAGGGGUUCUUCCUCAUCCUGAUUAGAUAGCGUCUCUUCACAGUCCAAUAUAUCAUAUUCUUCACAAUGAAGG